GGUUCAGAUCUCAGGUCACGGAUGGGAGGGGGUGGCAGAGGGAAUCACACAGACAGGGGACAUGGUGACAAAGGAUACAGUACACGUAGCAGUAGCAGUACGGGUCCGAAACGUGGCGGUGGUUUGGGCAAAAGAGGAGGUGGGGGGCCAACAUAUAAAAGUAAGGUGAGGCUGGAUAAAGCGUCUCUACACAAAGCAUUAGACGGAGAUGUCGCCAUGUCCAGCGGAAACAGAAGCGGGAGGUCGCCCCAGCGAUUGAAUACCAGUGCGUCGGCACGGGGCAAGGGUCGGGGUGCGAAGAAGGUGGGCAAGAACGCAAGGGCACCCCGCAUAACAGAUGAGGAGGCCAAGCAGAUCUUGUAUAAUUUCCUGGAGAAGGGUUACGAUCCUGUGCAGAAAAGCCUGGAUGUCAGCAAAUUCUCGAAGGUGCACCCCAGGGUGAAUCUGUGGACGUUUGGGGCUAUACUAGUGGACCUAAUCAAGAGCGAAUGCCCUGAGAUUGAAAUACUCAACCUGAGUGAAAAUAAGCUGGUGCGAUUGAAAUCCAUCACCGGCAUUGUGGAUGCAGCACCCGAUCUUAGGCGAAUCAGUUUAAAAGAUAAUGAGCUGACGAUCGUCAGUGAACUGCGGGUGUUAGAAGGACUGAAUCUCAAGGAACUCAUCGUCGCCGGCAAUCCGCUUGCGAAACAAAUGGAUUAUCGGGAUGCAAUUACAAAGAUGUUCAAGUCGCUCGAUAUGCUGGACGAUACGGAGAUCACCAAAUUCGGGGUCGAGGAAGAGAUCAACGUACCGCCAACAGUGCUCUUCUACUCGGGUCUACCCGAUGCCAUGAAGGCCAGCGUGCUUGCGUUCCUGGAGAAGUACUACAGAGCAUACGACGGGGCGGAUGUAUCUAUCCGCUUACAGAUGAGUGCCUUCUACUCACCCAAUGCUGUGAUGAGCUUCACGUGUCCACGCCAACACUCCACGGCGAGGGUGUCCAAGGGGUUCAACCGACAGGACGUGCGCAACCUGGAACGGGAAAAACACAACACACUCUCGGCCUCGUUCGAAGAAUACCAACAAGUGAACAGGAAUCUCAGGGUCGUCAAAAGUAAAGCGAAACGCGAGGACACUCUAUUCAUGGGUGUUUCGCAGAUUGUAGCCAUGCUGGUCAAACUGCCGCCAACGGUACACUCGCUACAGGAGAUGAUGGUGGAUCUGUGGCAAGUCUCUCCCAACAGCAUUAUGGUCAAGAUAGUAGGGCCACUGCAGGAAGCCCACAAGGAGGCCAAGAAUGGGUCGGUGAAGCGCAUGUUUGCGCGCACGCUGUGUUUAGUACCGGAUAACACAGGUGGUAUGGUGAUACAGAACGAUAUGGUCACACUCACCGAUCCCUUAACGGAACGCAUGACGAGACGGAAACCUUUAGUAGCAUCCGCCGACGUACAGCCGCCAGCACAAGCGACUGGACAAGCACAGGUGCCACCCACAGCGGCCGCAAACUUAGACCCUGCCCAAAAGGCAGCGGUGGCUGCGCUGGUGCAGCAGAGCACAUUGAAUGAGGCCGGGGCACUGCAUCUGCUCAACUUUGCGCAGUGGAAUGCCUCGGAGAGCCUAAGGCAAUAUAAGGAACUAAUGCCGCUGGGUCAAAUUCCGCCGCAGUAUUUACGAGCUUGAGAGCGCAAUAUGUAAUGAGAUUAAUUAUCGCCAUUGAUAAGGGUGACUGAAUAAAAAC